AUGGCCCGCUCCUCCACCGACGCAACCCGCUUCACAGCCACCGGCCCCUACGCCUCCAGCUCGCCCUCCUUCUCCUCUAACCCCCAACAACCUACCAACCAAAUACACCUCUCUCCAGGCCCUGCUCCAGCAAACGAAACGCCCCAACAGAAAAUUUCCCGCCUCCGCGCCGCCGCCGCCGCAGCCAAAGCCUCUUCUCUCAAAGAAACGCCCUUUGACCGGACAGUCCGCAUAGGCCGAGCAUGGGCCGACCGCGCGCACCGCGCUACAGCGUACGGGCUGAUAGGGCUGACGGUGGUGUCGGCGAUGGUGUUCGGUGCUGGGGCGGCGGAUAUGAUUAUCCAUAAUCGAAGACGGAGGAACGAGUUCAUGGCGGAGCAGAGGGCGAAGAGCGCAAAGGAGUUGGGUGAGGCGAAGUUGGCAUUGGAUGCUGGCAGAGCGACGGAGGACCAGGUGUUGUUGAUUAACAGGGAGCGAGCGGCGAUGGAGGCGGAAGAGGCGAAGAGGAGUAGGCCUGGGGUGUUCAAGAGGACGACGGGGUGGUUAUUUGGAGGCCUGUCGACUGAGGAACAGAAGGGAGGGCGGUUAGGGAGUGGGACGAGGGAAGUGUCAAAGGUAGGAAGUGGGGAGGAGUUGCUGGGAGAGAAGGAAGAUAAGGGCUGUGGAGGAGAGGGUGGAAGCAAAUAG